AUGUAAGCAGGCGAAUAAGUGCGCACAAGAUUUGCGGUAUCAUUUUAUCAUGUCCUUAUGAGGACAGUCGACUUAUCUUGGAGAUAACAGGGUAUAUGAUACUUGACGCACGUACGAUAUUUCAUGAGAUUGAAAAGUAGAUGUGGCUCUUGGUGAGUUAAAGAAAGGUUAAGCCCGCUUAUCUCCUCGGUAGGUUUCACCUAAUCUGCGUUUUAUUACGUUUUGAAGUGCAUCUAAAUACAGAAAAGGCAUUUUUGUGCACGUCUCAAGAAGUACAGACCUACACAAAGGCGAUAAGAUACACUGAUAAAAUCACGACAAUGGCUGACGCAUCAAACGCACCCUUGACACAAUCCUUGGCCAAUAAAGCUGAUAACGUAGAUUUCUUUCGCGAUCUUGUUUUGAACGAUGAUCUUGCAGAAAACAAAUGGCCCAAAGAAAUUGAUCAGUUCAAAACUGCCGAAAAACCCUCGCUUAUGACUCAAGCUAUGUCCAAAGAGCUAUUUGAUAAGCUAAAAGACCAGAAAUCUGACAGCGGAUGGACCAUUGCGCGGGCCAUUAACACCGGAGUCUGUUAUCCAUCCUCUUUCGUCGGAUGCCAUGCCGGAGAUCUUGAGUCCUACCACCUUUUUAAAGAGUUCUACUACCCUGUCAUUGAAAAAUAUCACGUUGGGUACAAACUGGACGGCACGAUGAAACAUUCAACCGAUAUGGAUCCUGCAAAAAUUGAAGUAGCGUUGUCAGAGGUUGCCAAAAAGUUGAUAGUAUCUACUAGGAUACGCUGCGCAAGAAAUUUAGCGAUGUUUCCAUUGAAUACAGCAGGAACGAAAGAAACAAGGAUGAAAAUUGCGGAAUUGAUGGAGAACGUUUUCAAUGAGAUCGCCCGUGAUGAAAGCACGAAGGAUCUCGCUGGAAAAUUUCUCCGCCAUUCAACGAUGACGGCGGAGGAAGAGGAGCAGCUUAUUCAAGAUCACUUUCUGUUUAAAGGCAAAGACAAGAUGCAAGCCGCUUCGGGCUACCAUCGGUUUUGGCCACAUGGACGCGGUAUAUUCGUUUCCCAUGACAAGAAGUUUCUGGUAUGGGUUAACGAAGGCGACCAUUUGAGAAUCAUUAGCAUGGAAUCUGGCGGUGACGUAAAAGCCGUAUUUGAAAGAUUCAACCGAGCUGUUACCACAAUCGAACGCUUGCUGAAGAAGCUGACAAACAAGGACACAGUAUUCAUGAGCGAUCCGAUGCUCGGCAUGAUAACGUGCUGCCCUAGCAACCUCGGCACAGGUCUCCGAGCCUCUGUCCAUUGUCUUGUGCCCAAACUCAUCAAGAAGAUUGGCUUUGAAAAGAUUGAUGAUAUAGCAAGAUCCAUCCAAUGUCAGGCCCGAGGUACGAGCGGUGAACACUCCCAAGUUAUCGAUAGAGUGGAUGUUUCCAAUUGGAGAAGGCUUGGCUUUACUGAGUACGAGCUGAUACAAGACAUGAUUCGAUGCAUCAACAAGCUCGCUGACAUGGAGGGUGAAGUUUCAGAGUAAAGCACCACAACAUCAAAAUGAGCUUGUUUCAUUUUAUCAACAAGUUCGCUGAUGACAAUUCUGAGUAAAAAAAAAACAAAUGAACUUGAUCGAAUGCACAACCGUAACCACAACAAAGCCAAAAAUAAACUUGCUUCUCAUCAACAAAUUAGAUGAUAUUGAGGAUGAAGUUUCUGAGUAAAAAAAAACAACAAAACCCAAAUGAACUUGAUCGAAUGCACAACCGCAACCACAACAAAGCCAAAAAUAAACUUGCCUCUCAUCAACAAAUUAGAUGAUAUUGAGGAUGAAGUUUUUGAGUAAAAACUCAAAAAUAAACAGCAAAGACACAUGACAAAACACAGGUGUUUGUUAAGGAAAAAGCCACAACUACCCUACGCAUAAUACCAGUAUAGUCUGGUUACCUUUUGUUUGACUCUUUAUUGGAUGCAUAUCGUUAAUAUUUGCUUAUUGUUUUGGUGACUGCAUAUUAUAUAUAUUGUUAUGGUUCUUGCUUACCUUUAUUGUGUGUUUUAAUAUAGGUUUUUGUUUAUGAAACUGCCACAAACAGCCCAUGCAUAAUAUCAAUAUAGCCCGGUUACGCUUUGUAUGAAUUUUUAUUGGAUGCAUAUCGUUAAUAUUUUAUUGUUUUGGUGCCUGCAUAUACAUUUUGUUAUGGUUUUCGCUUACCUUUAUUGUUUGUUUUAAAGUAUUUAUUUACAUGUAUUUAUUUAGGUUUACAUUGAUUGAUUUAACGCCGAUGGGUGAUAAAAGGUCACCAUUCCGUGCCUUCAAAAUGUAAAUUGCAUGCAGAUAACACGGGACCAACUGUCUGUGAUUUAUUCAGGAUUUAAAACUAAACACUUUAUUUUUGUCUUUUGAAAUAAAUUGUGAUGUGUU